UUGACCUCAAGACAAAAAAACUCAUCCCCUGUUUCACGCAAUCUGAACACAGGGACGGGGUGUUCAUAUGGGUCUUCUGCUCACUCCCAAUCCCAACCACAGAGGAAAUCGAGUGAUCGAUCUGAACUGAAGCCAUGUCUGUUUUAUCCAAUCUCUCUUUCCUCUUCCUCUUCCUCUUCCUCUUCCUCACAAGCCUCCAAGUUUCUGCGCAACCAAACCCGACAUACUUAUACCAUACAUGUCCGAACACGACAACUUUCACCAGAAACAGCUCUUACUUCGCCAAUCUGAGAACCCUUUUGUCCUCUCUCUCUCCUCGUAACGCUUCUUUCUCCCCCGGAUUCCAGAACGCCACGGCGGGGCAAGCCCCCGACAGGGUCACCGGACUUUUCCUCUGCCGUGGGGAUGUCUCCCCGACAGUCUGUCGUAACUGCGUUGCCUUCGCCGUCAACGACACUCUGAGACGGUGUCCGAAUCAGAGAGAGAUCACGAUUUGGUACGACGAGUGCAUGCUUAGAUACUCUCACCUAAAUAUUCUCUCGACCCUCGAUACCAAUGGAGGAGUCAUACUGAUGAACACCCAGAAUGUUACAUCUGACCAGUUAGGUCGAUUCAGCGACGUGCUCUUCUCGACGAUGAAUCAGGCUGCUGAAGAGGCCGUGAAUAGUUCGAGAAAGUUCGCGGUCAAGAAGGCGAAUUUAACAGCUUUUCAGACUUUUUACGGAUUGGUUCAGUGCACUCCUGAUCUUACAAGACAGGAUUGCAACAGAUGUCUGCAACUAGUCAUCAAUCAAUUGCCUCGUGCUAAUAUCGGGGGAAGACUUCUUGUUCCGAGUUGUAACUCAAGAUUCGAGCUUUACCCAUUCUUCAACGAAAGCGCUACCCCAACUCGUCCUCCUCCGCCGCCGCCACCUCUGCCGCCGGCGUCAUCUCCUCCAUCGCCACGACCUGGGAAGGGUGGGAAUUCUUCUGUGGUGAUCAUAGCUGUUGUUGUGCCGAUUGCUGUAGCUGUUUUGCUCUUCGUAGUUGGUUAUUGUCUCCUUGCAAGGAGAAGAAAGAGUUAUGAUACAGCAGCUGCAGAUGACGGAGAUGACUUCACAACUGCAGACUCACUGCAAUUGGAUUUCAAGACAAUUGAAGCCGCAACUGGUGGGUUUUCUGAGAGCAAUAGGCUCGGACAAGGUGGAUUUGGUGAAGUUUACAAGGUAUAUAAGUCUUGGUUAGUUGCUGAAUUUCUUUCGAAGUUUUUUUCGCGUUUAAGCCUCACAUUGGCAGAAAAAUAUAUCUGGCUCUUAGGUGACCGAGAAUUCAAGAACGAGGUUGUUCUUGUUGCAAAGCUUCAGCACAGAAACCUGGUCAGGCUUCUCGGGUUUUGUUUGGAAGGGGUAGAAAGGAUUCUUGUCUAUGAGUUCGUUCCCAACAAAAGUCUCGACUAUCUCUUGUUCGACCCUUCGAGGCAGGGCGAGCUGGACUGGACAAGACGGUACAAGAUCAUCGGAGGGAUUGCUCGAGGGAUUCUUUACCUUCAUCAUGAUUCACGUCUCACAAUCAUCCAUCGUGAUCUAAAAGCGAGCAACAUUCUGCUAGACGCUGAUCUGAACCCGAAGAUUUCGGAUUUUGGGAUGGCAAGAAUUUUCGGGAUGGACCAAACUCAAGCCAAUACCAGCAGGAUAGUUGGUACCUACGGUUACAUGUCUCCCGAAUAUGCGAUGCACGGUCAGUUCUCGAUGAAAUCUGACGUCUAUAGCUUUGGAGUACUGAUUUUGGAGAUCAUAAGCGGCAAGAAGAAUAGCAGUUUCUACGAAACAGACGGUGCUAGUGACCUGGUCACAUAUGCUUGGAAGCUAUGGAGGAAAGGGUCGCCCUUAGAACUCGUGGAUCCGACCAUAGGAGAGAGUUACCAGAGAAACGAAGUUACAAGAUGCAUCCAUAUCGGGCUAUUAUGUGUGCAGGAAGACCUCGGGGACCGUCCAAACAUGUCGACGAUCGUAUUGAUGCUGACGAGUAACACGGUGACUCUGCCAGUGCCUCAACAGCCGGGAUUUUUCUUCCGGAGUAGGCAGGAAAAAGAUCCACUGGAUAAGGGGUUGGGGUCUGAUCAAUCUAUGAGCAAGUCUAUCCUAUGGUCUGUUGAUGAUGCUUCAAUUACAGAAAUAGAUCCUCGUUGAAGACAGAUGAUGAUGAUGUUCAUAUAUGUACACGAUCGCUCUGUAUUUGUCCCUAAAGCUUCGUGUUUAAAUACAAGCGAAGCAUUGUAGAAUUUCCGUCGAGCCUGAGAAAAUCCAGUUUCCCAACAUA